AUCCCGAGAGGCCAACAGUAUUACAUAACAUCUGUGUUGCUGGAGCAUUGCUGUUCAACCUCAUGCUCUGUUCACACAGAUACUACUCUGUGAGCAGCACAUUUACUCUGUCUGUGUGAUCACUCUGCUUUUGAAUUCAACAAUCAUCAUGAUCUCUCACACACUUUUUGGCUAUAUGGACGUGGCUGGUUGGCUCUUGGUUGGUUUUCUAUUGUUACUUUUGAUUGAUGUGGUUAAAAACUGGAGGCCCAGAAACUUUCCCCCUGGACCCUGGGCUGUGCCUUUUCUAGGAAACAUCUUCACCGGCGUUGACUUCAAAACAAUGGAGAAGCUUGCUGAGGAGUACGGCCCAGUGUUCAGCUUGAGAAGAGGCAGCCAGAGGCUGGUGUUUGUUUCUGGAUACAAGAUGGUCAAAGAGGCUCUUGUGAACCAGUUGGACUCCUUUGUUGAUCGACCUAUUGUCCCUCUGUUUGAUGUUGUCUUCAAGGGUCUGGGCAUUGCUUUGAGCAAUGGUUACCUUUGGAAGCAACAGAGGAAGUUUGCCUACACUCACCUACGUUUCUUCGAAGAAGGGCAGAAGUCACAGGAGAAAUUUAUCAAAGUGGAAUGUAGCUUCAUUUGUGACGCCUUCAAAGACGAACAAGGACGACCAUUCAACCCUCACUACACCAUCACCAGUGCAGUGAGUAAUGUCAUCUGCUGUGUGGUCUUUGGACAUCGCUUUGAGUACAGUGAUCCAACCUACCGCAAGAUUUUAAAGUUGGACAAUGAGGCUAUAAUGCUCGCUGGUUCUGCUCGGACUCAGCUCUAUGAUGCUUUCCCUGGUUUGAUGAAGUACCUGCCUGGACCUCAUCAGACUGUUCAUGCCAACUAUGCUGCAAUCAUGAAUUUCUUAAGGAAAGAAAUUGAGAAGCACCAGGAGGAGUGGAACCCAGAUGACCCUCGAGAUUAUAUUGAUGUGUACCUGUCAGAGAUGGAAAAGAAAAAAUCUGAUCCUCAGGCUGGAUUCAACAUUGAAACCCUUCAGAUUUGCACCAUUGAUCUGAUCGAGGCCGGAACAGAAACUACUGCAACCACUUUACGAUGGGGCCUUGUAUUUAUGAUGAACUAUCCACAUAUCCAAGAGAAAGUCCAGGCAGAGAUCGACAGAGUAAUCGGACAGUCUCGUCAGCCCACAAUGGCCGACAGACCCAACCUGCCCUACACUGAUGCUGUCAUCCAUGAGGUCCAGAGGGUGGGAAACAUUGUUCCCUUGGGAUUCCCCAAAAUGUCCAGUAAAGACACAGAACUGGGAGGAUACUUCAUACCCAAGGGUACAAGUACUACGACAAUUCUUUCAUCUGUGUUGUAUGAUAAGAAUGAGUGGGAGACUCCAGAUACCUUUAAUCCUGAGCAUUUCUUGGAUUCAAAUGGUCAGUUUCGCAGGAGACAGGCCUUCUUUCCAUUUUCAGCAGGUAAACGUGCAUGCAUAGGGGAAUAUCUGGCCAGAAUGGAGCUGUUCCUCUUCUUCACCUCGCUCCUUCAAUGCUUCACCUUCCGUCCUGUCCCUGGGGAAAUGCCCAGCUUGGAGGGUGUGAUGGGCUUCAGCCAAUCCCCCAAGGCCUUCAGGAUGCUCGCUGUGCCUCGCUGAUGUUCUCCACAACUUUUAUUGUGUAUUGUAUAUAAAAUCUCAAUUUUUUUUACAUUAUUAAAUCAACCAUAUUGGCAAGUGUCAUAAAUAUUAAAAGCCCUACAGUAAAUAAUGUAGCAGCACAAUCAAAUCUGUAGCUGCAGAAUAAACAAAUACAGUAGGUUCUCUCAAAAUUAAAUGCAUUCUUUCCAAAAUAUUUUAGUGACAAGCUGAGGUCUAUUUUACCAUUGCAGCAUCCAUGGCCCUGCUGCUGUUGAAAAAUGAUAAAAUUAUGAAAUUAUGAUAAUGAUAAGACUAUUUACAGUAAGCAUAAGUGACAAUACGGUUUACUGUAGUGCCUGUGUGUCUUUUUAGCAUUGGUAACUGUAUAGUAUGAAUGCACACCAUUAAGCCUUAGUUAUACAUUUUAUAUAAAGUAAAAAAGUCAUUCAAUAACUCAGUGUGAUUAUUAGUAUUUAUUAGAUUAUUAGUAUAAUACGGUAUAAUUCAUAAUUACCAGUACUUUAACAGUUUUAAUUAAAAUAUUUAUUAGGGUGUCACUGUCAUAAUAUUGUUUGUAAAAUGUAAGUAAAUGAUUUAAAGAUCUUUUAUUUAUAUGAGAAACUAGGCUGAGACACAUACUAAAAUCCAUUUGUAAUGUUCUGGCCCAAGUAAUUAAAACAAACCUUGUAAACCCAGAGUUUACAUUUGUAACAGUUGAAAGAUGAAUUUCGAGCCACAGCCGAGAUCGACUAAUGUUGCAGAUGAUCAACAGUACAAAUAACAAGGACAGUCACAACUUUCAGUAAUAACAGGGUCACUACUUACUGUAGGCGACUGUCCUAGAAUGACUGUUAACUGUAAAUGUGUGUUUGCAUGUGUCUGUGUGUACUUGUAUUUGCAUCGAUGUGAGAACCAGAAAAAAAAUUCUACCAAGGUGAGGACAUUUUUAGAAAGUGAGGGCAGUUUACCGUUUUCAUAACUUUGAAGACCUGUUAAAGGGGUAAGAUGUGGUUUUAGGGCUAAGGUUAGAGUUAAGUUUUUGUUAGCAUUAGUGCAAGAGUUACACGUUUGCCUUAGCUGUGAUGGUUAGGGUAAGGUACUGUAGGGGACUAGGGAAGGCAUUGUGUCGAUGGUGAAACCCCACUUUUAUGCAACCUCAAGGAUGGGUGUGUAUGUGUGUGUACCUAGUAUUUAUGUACAUAAAAGUGGGUACCAAAAACCUUGUUUUUCUACCAAAGUGGGCACCUAUGGCCAUUUGUGGGGACCCACAGCUUUGAAGGCCUGUUUGAGGGUCAAGAUAGACUUUUAGAGCUAUGGUUAGAAGAAGAUUUCUUUUUAGAAUAAGAGCAGGGGUUAUGGCUUUUUAUUAUGAGAGGCGGUAUACUCUCCAGCUUUGAAACCAAUCACUGAUCGCAUUCGGUUGACUCUUGGCCCACGCCUGGAUGAAUUAGGGAUGCCGUGUUUUAAGUUAGGCAUCUAGGCUUCCAUGUAGGCCACAACAGACUUUCCCUGUUUGAGCAUAGAUACGAAAGAAUCAAAGUAAUAAUAAUAAUAGUUAAACUUUAUUUAUCCCACUUUGGGAAAAUUAAUCUUUAAUCUAAUCUUUUUUCCAGCACUGGGGAGUUAGUGUAAAGUGUCUUGCUCAAGGACACACCUGGUGCCACAGGGUGGCUUAAACCUGGGACCUUCUGCCUCUGGGCCAAUCCUCUAUCUACUGAACUACCAGGCCACCAGACCACAAAGUAUAGGAAUGUACCUAAAGAAUUACGCAAGCUUAUCAUCAAGAGGAUAUGCAAUUUUGUAAGACUUUGUAGUUUUACUGUGGAAUUAUACAGUAUGUGUCCUUACCAUGUUGUGUGAAAGCAGCAUAUACAUCCAAACGUCCAAGCUCCAGCCUUGUUUUUAAAUUUUUAACUCCUAAAAUGUUUAAAAUGUUAAAUGAAUGUUUAUUGACUUGUGUUCAAACUGCUGUGAUAUUUUUUAUUGUAUCAAACUAAUACUGCCAAGCUUAAACAAUAAACAGCAAAAUACUGCUUUUAACA